AUGUCUGAUUCAAGACAAGAAAUGAACAUCCGCAAUUCCGAACGCAGAAGAGAUUCGCGUUCCAGAUCACCUCGACGUCAUCAAUCGCAGUCCUAUCGAUCACGAUCUCCAGUCAAUAACCAUCGUGACACCCUAACGAGCAGCUCACACUUCUCAGAGCCAGCUCUACUACUGAAACUACCAAGAGAGCUGCGCGACCUCGUGUAUGGGCAUCUGUUUGAUUCGACGCGACUAACAUUUGGAUACCGACAAGUCAAUUUUCAAUACCGCAAGGUUUUACCAUCACGCAAUGCGCUUGCAAUUCUUCGCGUAUGUUCGCAACUCUACCUAGAAGCUGGUGAGCUUUGGCUCAAACGGGUCUUGUUCGAUUUCGAGGACACAAUGACGCUUAUGGAUAAAUUUUCUCAACUUCCGAUCGCUAGCCUCAAACAAAUUCGCAAUGUCCGUAUUCGUAUGAUGGGUGAUGAGCCUAGUCCACCGGAGAGCAUCAAUGAUGAACAUCAAUGGCGCGGGCUACAGGUUUUGGAAGGCUUGCAACUAGACAGGCUGACAGUGGUGCCAUCAUGGGGAACCAAGUACAAUGGCUGUGAAGACAUCAAGCGAUUCAUGGUAUCUAGUUUCCCGUGCAAGGAACUAUUCUAUUUCACUCCUAGAUCAGUUUUCCAUGAGACCGACCAAACGACUCCGGCUGAGGCCUCCACGCUCCUUACUCGGAGAAUCAACGACAUGGCUGAUGACCUAAAAUCCAGAGGUGAUUUCGGUACUGGGCUCACAAUGACAAUUUUCCAGUCAUCUGAGCCAGACAGCAAAUAUACCGGUACUUCCUUUAAGAACUCUGCAAUUGAAGUACUUGCCGAGACGGGAAUUUCGCCCGAUCCUGCUCCAGACAAGAUGAUCGCAUGUGGCAAAUCUUUAAAGCCCAAUGUCGAGACACUGAUCAUCUUCAAGCCUGCUGCUACAACCUCCACUUUAUCAGGCGCUUCCAUCGAAGGAGUGUUGAAAACCGUUGAUGAUAAAAGGGUUCGGAAGACCUGGCGAGACGACUACAGGGAUGAAUACAUUCGGGACGCACAAGAACAAUCACCCGACAUGGAAAAUAUCACUACCGGCGAACUAUUCCCAUGGCCUUAUGAUAUGCGAAAGGGAUACACCAUCAUCGAUCACUAUAACAAUGUUGAUGAUAUCAUCUGGCCCGGAAAGAACCAUGAUCAGGCAUGGGAAGGAGUCCUUGACAACUAA